CGCCCACACCGCGAACUUGUUUGUGAAAAAGCGAGACAGGAAAAUGAAAACAAAAGAAAAUUGAAUGCGGUACGCGCUUUAGAAAAUGGCGUUCACGGUUUGAUUUUCCCAGAAAAGAGCGGCUUUCCCAGAAUGUCUUUAAAAAUAGUGUCGUUUGCGCGGCAAGUUUGUUUACAAAACCGAGGAAUGUUUAUAAUGUGAAAAUAAAGGAAAACAAAGAAUUGUUUCAGGACAUAUAAUGGCAAGUCCAACAACUCAGAACAGUAGUCCAAUGCCACCUCCUCAGGCUCCUAGCCCAAUGGGGCCACCAAGUCAGAGUCCGACCCCAUCACAGUCACCGCACAGUCCGUAUCAACCGCCACCAAUAUCGCCGCAUUCUGGUGGACAUUUGAACGGACCUCCGCAUUCAAUGCCUCCAAUGGGUCCGUCGCUGCACCAGCCUCAUAUGCCGCCGGCAAGUCAAGGGGGCCAUGGACCACCUCAUAUGCAGCCUCAUCCUGGUUUACCGGGCCCGCCAAGUCAUCCAGGCCCUGGGCAACAGCAUGUUGGUGCUGGUGCUCAUCCGGGACCUCCUCCAUCGCAUAUACCGCCACACGGCAUGCCAUCUCAUCAACCAGGAGGCCACGCUGGGGUGCCUCAGCAUUUGGGACACCCGCCACCGCCGACUCAUCACCAACCUCAUUCUGGUGGCCAGAACCAGGGACUUCAUAUGGGAGGCUUGGGCCCUCCACCGUCAGCCCAUUCUAUGCACUCUCCCGGAGCACCGCCUCCAGUGUCUCAAGCUCACGGUAGUCUACCACCGCCCCAUUCGCAACCUCAGGUACACCACAUGGGGCAUAUGGGUCCUCCUCAAAGCCAUCCCGGGCAUCCAGGCAUGCCUCCGGUAUCUAGCAACGCCGCCCACGGACAGUACCCACCUCAAAUGGGGCACGUACCUCACAGAGAGACUGCGUCUCCAUCACCAGGACCACCUCAGCAUAUGCCACAAGGUCAUACUGGUCCUGUACAUCCGCCUCAGACUCAUCCGCCAAUACCGAUGCAUUCGGGUCCUGGACAUCCACCACCUCAAACGCACCCCAGCCAAGGACAUUUGCCCCAGCAACAGCAACAUCCGCCUCAGGGUCAUCAACCUCAGGGCCAUCCCCCUCAAGGUCAUCCACCUCAGGGUCAUCCACCUCAGAGUCAUCCACCUCUAGGCCAUCCGUCUCAGAAUCAUCCACCUCCUCAUUUAUCACCGCAAGGGCAUUCACAACAAGGCCAUCCAAAUCAAAGUCACGCCCUGGCUCCCCAAGGUCAUUUGUCUCCGCAAGGACAUCCUCCGCCUCAAGGACACACGCCUCCGGGACACCCUUCUCCAACUCAUCCAAGUCACCAAGGACUACAAGGACCUCAAGGGCAAUCUCCUCAUGGACAAGAAAAUUUACGAGCUUUGCAAAGUGCUAUAGAUUCAAUGGACGAGAAGGGCAUGCAAGAAGAUCCAAGAUAUUCUCAACUUCUCGCUUUGAGGGCCAGGGCCAAUGGAAAUAAUGCAGCUCUGUCUCAAAUGCAAAUGACUCAGUUACGAAAUCAAAUUAUGGCCUACAGAUACUUAGCAAGAAACCAACCUAUUCCGCAACAGAUAAUCUUGGCUUUGCAAGGUAAGAGAGCGGACGGAUCUCCUCUACAAUCUUCUACGCCACCUCCGACGCAAGAGAAUCCACCGGCUCAUUCGAGAAAUUCACCGGAAGCAGCUACAGAGGCAGCGCCUCCGUUACAACAGCCACAACCGAUGAGACCUCCUCCGAUGGCUUAUCCCCCAACGGGACCGUUUCAGCACCCUCCUGGUCCGCCACCAGGUCCUGUAGCUCCCCAGCCAUAUAAACCUCAGCCGCCCCAACAGCAUGCUAGACCGGGACCUCCGAUACAACAUACCUCAAAACAAUAUAGAAUGCCAACUACAGUGCCAAAACCAGUUGGGUUAGAUCCUAUAGUACUGCUACAAGAAAGGGAAAACAGAGUUGCAGCUAGAAUAGCAGCGCGUAUGGAAGAACUUACCAAUCUGCCAUCAAACAUGUCCGAAGAGCUGAGGAUGCAAGCCCAAAUUGAACUGAGAGCUUUGAGAUGCCUGAAUUUCCAAAGACAACUAAGGAGCGAAAUCAUCGCCUGUACCAGGAGAGACACGACGCUAGAAACCGCAGUGAAUAUUAAAGCGUAUAAGCGAACAAAGCGUCAGGGCCUGCGCGAAGCUCGGGCCACAGAAAAAUUGGAGAAGCAACAAAAAUUGGAAGCGGAACGCAAACGAAGGCAGAAGCAUCAAGAAUUUUUAGCUUCCGUGUUGCAACACGGAAAGGAUUUCAAAGACUUCCACCGAAAUAAUCAAGCUAAGUUGGCGCGACUGAACAAAGCGGUGAUGAAUUACCAUGCCAAUGCCGAGAGAGAACAGAAGAAAGAACAGGAACGCAUAGAGAAGGAACGUAUGAGAAGAUUGAUGGCAGAAGAUGAAGAAGGAUAUAGGAAACUAAUUGAUCAAAAGAAAGAUAAAAGACUUGCGUUUCUCCUUUCCCAGACUGACGAGUAUAUCAGCAAUUUGACUGAGAUGGUAAAGCAACACAAACUAGAGCAAAGAAGAAAACAGCUAGAAGAGGAGAGACGAAAAAAGAAAAAAAGAAAACGACUGGCAGCCGAAGGUGUUUUGGAACACGACGACGAGUGCAGUCAAGGAUCUGACAAGCCCAUCGCUGUUAUCGAACUUGCUACGGGAAAGAAACUAUUUGGUGAAGAUGCCCCAUUAAUGAGUCAAUUACAGGUCUGGCUACAACAAAAUCCUGGCUGGGAAAUCGUCGAUACCGACGACGAAGAUGACGAUUACGAUGAACACGGAGAUAGAAUAGACCCGGAACUAAGAUCUGAAGAGGAUAAAGCGAAGGCUUUAAUCAAAAAAGCGAAAGUUGAAGACGACGAAUACCAUAAAAGAUCUGGAGAAGAACAAACGUACUAUGGCAUUGCGCAUACCGUUCAUGAAAUUGUUACAGAACAGGCUUCGAUAAUGAUUAAUGGCAAAUUGAAAGAAUAUCAAAUAAAAGGUUUGGAAUGGUUGGUAUCCCUGUACAACAAUAAUUUAAACGGAAUUUUGGCAGACGAAAUGGGUUUGGGUAAAACGAUACAAACGAUAGCUUUGAUAACUUACCUUAUGGAAAAGAAGAAAGUUAACGGACCUUUCCUAAUUAUAGUUCCUUUAUCGACUCUAUCGAACUGGGUGCUAGAAUUUGAAAAAUGGUCACCAUCCGUCGUUGUAGUCUCUUAUAAAGGAUCACCCGCAGGUAGAAGGCAAAUUCAAGGACAGAUGCGCUCGACCAAGUUCAAUGUUCUGUUAACUACAUAUGAAUAUGUCAUAAAAGAUAAAGGAGUUUUGGCAAAGCUCCAGUGGAAAUAUAUGAUAAUUGAUGAAGGACACAGAAUGAAAAAUCAUCACUGUAAACUCACGCAAGUGUUGAACACUCACUACAACGCCCCUCAUCGUCUUCUUCUUACUGGUACCCCGCUACAAAAUAAACUUCCGGAGUUAUGGGCGCUCCUAAAUUUCUUGUUGCCGUCGAUAUUCAAAAGCUGUUCCACCUUCGAACAGUGGUUCAAUGCGCCAUUUGCGACAACUGGUGAAAAGGUUGAAUUAAACGAGGAAGAAACAAUUUUGAUCAUCCGACGUUUGCAUAAAGUUUUAAGACCGUUCUUGUUAAGGAGACUGAAGAAGGAAGUAGAAUCUCAAUUGCCUGACAAAGUGGAGUACAUUAUCAAAUGUGACAUGUCCGGUUUACAAAGGGUAUUGUAUCGGCACAUGCAGAGCAAGGGAGUUUUGUUAACGGAUGGUUCUGAAAGAGGAAACAAAGGAAAAGGAGGCGCUAAAGCCCUCAUGAAUACAAUAGUUCAGUUGAGAAAGCUUUGCAACCAUCCAUUUAUGUUCCAGCAUAUUGAAGAAAAAUGGUGCGACCAUGUCGGUAUAGUUGGCGGUGUGAUAUCUGGACCUGAUAUCUACCGAGCGUCGGGGAAAUUCGAAUUAUUGGACCGUAUUUUACCCAAAUUGAAAGCAACAGGGCACAGAGUUUUACUCUUCUGUCAGAUGACACAGCUAAUGACUAUAAUGGAGGACUAUUUGACUUAUAGGGGCUUCGGUUACUUGAGAUUAGAUGGCGCCACAAAAGCGGAAGAUAGAGGCGAUCUGUUAAAGAAAUUCAACGACAAAACCACCGAAUAUUUUCUAUUUCUUCUGUCUACGAGAGCGGGCGGUUUAGGUCUAAACCUCCAAAGUGCCGAUACGGUCAUCAUUUUCGAUUCGGAUUGGAAUCCACAUCAAGAUUUGCAAGCUCAGGAUCGUGCGCAUCGUAUCGGGCAACAGAACGAGGUUAGGGUGUUGCGUCUCAUGACGGUCAACUCGGUGGAAGAGAGAAUAUUAGCCGCAGCCAGAUAUAAAUUAAAUAUGGACGAGAAAGUUAUUCAAGCUGGUAUGUUCGACCAGAAGUCCACUGGGUCAGAGAGACAGCAGUUUCUGCAAACUAUUUUACAUCAGGAUGGAGACGAUGAAGAGGAAGAAAAUGAAGUACCGGAUGACGAAACCGUCAACCAGAUGGUGGCUCGUUCUGUAGACGAAUUCGAACUGUUCCAAAAACUCGACCUUGAACGACGCAGGGACGAAGCUAAAUUGGGAUCGGCUCGAAAGCCUAGACUUAUCGAGGAAAAAGAGCUACCGGACUGGCUGGUAAAGGAAGACGAUGAAGUGGAAUCAUUAAAGAAUGAUAUAAAGGUUGAUCCUUGGAAUUACGACGAUCCGGAAGCAAUAAUGGGAAGAGGUACAAGACACCGCAAAGAGGUUGAUUAUACAGAUAGUCUAACAGAGAAAGAAUGGAUGAAGGCAAUCGACGAAACGGAUGAAGAGGAGGAAGAUGAAGAACCGAAGAAAAGAAAAAAUCGAAGACGCCGUAAGAGAGGAGAUGAUUCAGACAGCGACGCAGGCCCCAGCAAUAAAAAGAAGACAAAAGGAAAGGGCAGUAACGACGAUAAAAUAAAAAAGCAGAUGAAGAAAUUAAUGGGUAUCGUAACAAAGUAUACUGAUAGUGAUGGACGCCUACUUAGUGAACCGUUUAUGAAAUUGCCACCUCGAAAAGAUUACCCCGACUAUUAUGAAAUAAUAAAGAAACCAAUGGACAUUGUGAAAAUUCUAACUAGAAUAGAUGAUGGAAAGUAUACUGAUAUGGUUGACUUGGAACGAGAUUUUAUGCUGCUAUGUCAAAACGCUCAAAUAUAUAAUGAAGAGGCUUCGUUGAUACAUGAGGAUAGUAUCGUGUUGCAGUCGGUGUUUUCCAAUGCUAAGUCGCGUAUGGAAGUAGAUGGAGAGGAAAAGCAUGAUGAUGAAGAUAAGUCGGAUGCAUCGCCAGGUAAAUCGGAUACAGAUACGGCAGUGAAGAUGAAAAUUAAGCUCGGAAAAGGAAAGAAAACUUCCGGAAAACGCAGAAAGAAUGUUAAAAAAUACGUUUCAGAAGACGAGGACGAUGAUGACUAGAAGAUUUCGAUGAUUUUCGAAAAAAAAAUUCAAAAUAUUGAUGUUGUUUACUGUUUUUAUUCCUGUUCUAUUGAUGUACAUGUAGUUACUAUAUUUUGGGGUAAUACUGCUUUUCGAAUCUUCAUACUUCGAUACAAAAAGUAACAAAACCUCAAAAUAUACUCAAGAAUUUUUGUCAAAUUGACACUAAAUUUUAUAGAUUAAUGCUUGUUCCAAAAUAGCUCUAAAUGUGUUCCUUUAAAUUUCCAAACAGGUUUUUUUACAAAUACACUGAGUGCAAAAAAAAACAACGGAUAAAUUUCUCGUCGAAUUUAAAGUACUAUAUUUUUUUAUUUAUAUAUUCUAUUUUCAUGAAUUUUUUGAUAAACUGUGUAUAAAUAUGUAUAUCUACUUUAAUUGGUGAACUCAGUUUUUUUAUAAACUUUUUCGCUUUAUUGAAUAAUCAUAUAUCAUUGUAUAAUAGAUGGGUAACCAAACUUUAACUUAAAACAACCUGUACAGUAAUUUCGUGAGUAAAUUUUCCCAAAACAGUAUUUUUCGGUCAGAACCAUGACUCCCUAGCGUUUUGUUUUUUGAAUCAUGUCAACACAUGCCUCAUUGGUUAAUUUUUAAGAGCAAAAUUAACUUGCUACCGACAAUUUGCAAUUUUUUCAAUUAUCAUUACUUAUCAAUAUUAUUUUUGAUUAUACGAAGUAAGUUUAGUGACUAUUAUCAUAAUAUCAUAUUGACAAUUACAUUUUAUAUACGGUAAUCGCAAAACAUUUUCCUAUGCACGUCAUCAAACAUAUCAAAAUUGAAAUGUAUAUAUUUGUUAUC